CGGAGCCCACCUGGCUCGGGCUCCGCCCGUCCGCCCGUCCGCCCGUCCGCCCGCCGGCGGCGCAGGAAGUAGGGAGGGCGGGACCGCACCGGACGAGGAGACCCGGCGUUACUGCAGGCUGUACCCGCCCCGCUGCUCCACGGCUGUGCGCACAGAUUUGCAGAUUGAAACCAAGAGGUGGCACCUGUAACCAUUGAGGACCCCAGGCUUCCAGGCCCCCAGGAGGGCAGCUCCUGACUGGUGUCUGAGGACCUCCAGUCACGGAGGCCCCAGCCUGCCCGCCCAGCAUGUCCCAGAGACAUUCUGACAGCUCGUUGGAUGAGAAACUACUGGAAUAUCGUUUCCAUGCGGAGCUGAAACUCGACGCCAAUGGGAAUCCAGUGCCGGGGCUCCCCAUGGUCCGGGGCUCCUUGAGAGCCAGGACCAAUGCUGCCUUCGAGCCAGAGGCCUCCGAACCCCUGCAUGUGCCACCGGAAGGUGAGGGGUCACAGCCCAUUGUCCUCAGCACGCAGAGCCCCGCGGCACUCAAGAUGGGGACCCAGCAGCUCAUCCCUAAGAGCUUGGCGGUGGCCAGCAAGGCCAAGACCAAGUCCCCAGCCCGCCAUCAGAGCUUCGGGGCGGCCGUGCUCAGCAAGGAGGCGGCUCGGCGGGAUCCCCGGCUCUUCCCGAAUCCUAACGUAUCCUUGGAUGACAUGGACAUGGACACGGACACUGGUGGGAAUCUGAAGCGAAUGAGGAACCAGUCCUACAGGGCAGCCAUGAAGGGCCUGGGGUCAUUCAGCAGCAAGGGGGACUCAAUCCAGCUCGGCCCCAAGCUUCAGGCCCUCACUGAGGAGGCCACUCAGCCUCCUGCUCGGUGCCCAGCCAAAAAUAAGAAAACUCUGGGACGGAAACGCCCACACAAAGGCUCCUUCAAAGAUGACCCCCAGUUGUACCAGGAGAUCCGGGAGCGGGGUCUAAAUACCAGUCAUGAGUCUGAUGAUGAUAUACUCGAUGAGCCCUCCAGCCCAGAGGGAACUCAGAAAGCGGACACCAUCGUGGUCAAGAGCUAUCGGCCUGCUCAGCUCACCUGGAGCCAGCUCCCAGAGGUGCUGGAGUCAGGUGUCCUGGACACACUGUCGGUGGAGGAGCGCAAGAGGCAGGAGGCCAUCUUCGAGAUCCUCACAUCUGAGUUCUCCUAUCUGCACAGCCUGAGGAUCCUGGCGACCGAGUUCCUGCAGUCCAGGGAGCUGCGGGUCACCAUGACACAGACAGAGCACCACCACCUCUUCUCCAACAUCUUGGACGUGCUGGCUGCCAGUCAGAAGUUCUUUGAAGCCCUGGAGCAGCGGCACAAGUCGCAGGUGUGCGUGGAGGACAUCAGCGACGUCUUGGAGGAGCACGCCGAGAAGCACUUCCACCCUUACGUCGCCUACUGCUCCAACGAGGUCUACCAGCAGCGCACCCUGCAGAAGCUGUCGAACAGCAACGCGGCCUUCCGGGAAGCACUCAGGGAGAUCGAGAGACGGCCCGCGUGUGGGGGCCUGCCUAUGAUCUCCUUCCUGAUCCUCCCCAUGCAGAGGGUGACCCGGCUGCCACUCCUGACAGAUACGCUCUGCCUGAAGACACAGGGCCACCCCGAGAGGUAUAAAGCCGCCAGCCGGGCCCUGAAGGCCAUCAGCAAGCUUGUGAAACAGUGCAACGAGGGGGCCCACAAAAUGGAACGCACAGAGCAGAUGUACACACUGCACACGCAGCUGGAUUUCGGUAAGGUCAAGUCCCUCCCGCUCAUCUCCGCCUCUCGCUGGCUGCUGAAGCGCGGGGAGGUCUUCCUCUUGGAGGAAUCCAGUAUCUUUCGGAAAAUCGCCAGCCGGCCCACAUGCUACCUGUUCCUCUUCAACGACGUCCUGGUUGUCACCAAGAAGAAGAGCGAGGAGAGCUACCUGGUCCAAGACUAUGCGCAGCUAGACCACAUACAGGUCAGGAAGCUGGAGGCCUCAGAGCCCUCACUGCCAGGGGGCAGCAGCCGAAGUUCCUCCGUGCCCCACCCCUUCCAAGUGACCCUGCUACGCAACAGUGAGGGCCGCCAGGAGCAGAUCCUGCUGUCCUCUGACUCUGCGAGUGACCGGGCCCGGUGGAUCACAUCGCUCACCUACAAGGAGAGGGAGUGGCAGGGCAUCGCCAACAAAGGAGAACUGCCCCAGGUGGAGAUCACCAAGGCAUACUUUGCCAAGCAGGCUGAUGAGAUCACACUGCAGCAGGCUGAUGUUGUCCUGGUCCUUCAGGAAGAGGACGGCUGGCUACAUGGCGAGAGGCUUCGGGAUGGAGAAACCGGCUGGUUUCCUGAGGGCUUUGCCCGCUGCAUCACCAGCCGCAUGGCGGUGGAGGGCAACGUGCGCAGGAUGGAGCGGCUGCGGGUGGAGACGGAUGUGUAGCUGGGCCGCGCCAAAAACAAAACAAACAAAAAACCCGCCAUGGCGGACACGGCGUCAGUCCCUCAGCCUGUGGUUCUGCCUGACUCCCGAGAAGUUUGUCCCGGGACACACGUGCACUGUGGGCCUUCCCCGCAGCCUCGAGGUUGCGUGCAGGGCAUCCAUCCAUCCCACCGCCUUCUCGGAAGGCUCCGGGCGGAGCUACAGGGGCCUGCGUUGUGGUAGGAGCCCAACCUGGCCUCUCCCUUUGGCUGCCCCUUUUUCUGGAUGCUCCUGGCCACCUGAGCUUGCAGCCAGGCUAAGAGCGAUACAGGACAUCUGCCUUUACCCAAGACAGCACGGGGCAACCUCCCAGAUGGGCCUCUCUUUCCCAAGUGGGACAGGAAGGGCCUGUGUUGUUGGAAGGUGACCCGAGGUGCCAGCAGGGAUACUGUGACGGAGGGUUUAAAUGGCAUUAAAGUGUUUCUUUAAAA